AUGGUGAAGACGAGAUGUGCUUCGCCGCUGGAAUCCGCAGAUACGGUCCGCGAGAUCCUUGUCAAGCUGCCGACCAGGGACGUCGCUCGCUGCUGCUGCGUCUCCUGGCUAUGGUGCAACGUCGUCGCCGACCCCUCUUUCAGCAGCCUACACGCCAAGGCCGAGAUGAACAUGAACCACGUCUCCGCGGCGUCAGAGGCCUUGCUCGUCACGGAGACCUGCGAGCGCGGGAGGCCCGACGAGGCCGGCUUCUUCAGCAUCUCGUCGUCUAGGCCCAUGCCCUACCGCGUCAAGAUCCCCAGCAACUAUACCCUCUCCAACGUCUGCAACGGCCUCCUCUGCUUCGCGGCCGACCGGGGCGACUCGCCUGCCUUCAUCUGCAACCCUGUCACCGGCGUGACGGCAAUGCUUCCUAGGGCGCCUCCGCCCGUCGGGAUGACGAUUUCGGGCGGCGUCAAUAAUAUGAGCCAUCUCUUAGCCUUGGGGUUCAGUCCCUCCACCAAGGAGCACAAGCUGUUUCGAUUCUCCUUCUCCGACCACUGUUACUACGUCGGUACAGACAACGUCAACCAGAGCGUGUACACCUUAGACGGAGCAGGCGGUGGCGGUGGGUGGCGCCAGCGCUCGUACUGUACGCAGUGUCCCCUGUUGCGCACCUUCUCGCCCGUCUUCGUUCAAGGCAAGCUUUACUUGGUGACCAGCGGCCGUACAAGCCCGAAUCUGCGCCGGAACCCUGACGGGUUGCUGGAGGUCGACGUGGCGACCGAGGCGUGCCGCACGUUCCGUCUCCCGCCCCCCGCCGACGAAUACCACCCGUGCUAUGAUCCUCUGGUGAACGCCUUGGAGAUGAGCGGGCGGCUGUGCCUCGCGGUUGAAGUCCUCGGCGGUAUGCAGGCCCUUCCCCGGAAGCUCCAGUUCUGGGUCCUGUCGUCGCCACCGCCGGACCGGCAGCUCCAAGAUCAAGACAGCAGGUUGUGUUGGGACCUGUGCUACAGCUUCUACGUCGGCGACACCUACUACUUCUACCAUCCGAGGAGCGCCCGGUUCGACGACCGCGACAUGACACUGUGCUACAGAGAUGCCCAUGCGGUGUUCAAGCACCGCACGGGAAGACGCGCGCCGGAGCCGUCUUUCGAGGUUGUCUGUUUCAAAUUGAUCAAGAAAGGAGAUGAUCAAGUGAAGAUUUUGAGAAGAUUUGUGUAA